ACGACGUGCUCACACCGAAAAACUAGAACUCUACUCUGAUAAGGCUAAGAAACAGCUCAGUUAUUUUGACCUCAUACAGAGAAAGAUAAGACAUUAUUGGGUGAACAUGACUGCCAACGGGAAUGGAACUGGUAGGGAUUUGGGACCCGGCAUCGAAAUCGUGGCCCAACAGAAGCUACAACCGGAAUCGAUGAUUUACAAGCGCGUGCAACAACUUGGCGCGUUUUUUAAACAGCAGUUCGGAGAGGAUCCAGAGUUUUUCGUUCGUGUGCCCGGAAGAGUCAACAUCAUAGGCGAGCAUGUAGACUACUGCGGUUAUUCGGUGCUUCCCAUGGCUGUUAGCCAAAGCAUCUUGGCAGUGGCCAAAAAUCUGAAUGACAGUCAACUGCAGCUCAGGAAUCUGGAGGAAACCAAGUUCCCGGGCUACGAUGCAGAUCUUAAAACGCUCAGAAUUGAGCUGCCAAAAAGUGGUGGACCAGCCUGGUACAAUUACUUCUUGUGCGGCAUUAAGGGCAUCCAAGAGAAUCUAGGCAGUCAGUGGAAACCCACAGGAAUGCGCAUUGCUGUCGACGGCAACGUGCCUCUGGCUGCAGGACUCUCCAGUUCCAGUGCCAUGGUUAGCUCCGCUGUCUUGGCCACUGCCCAAGUUCAGGGCAAGCAGCUGGACCGCAGGGAGCUGGCUUCAAUUUCGGCUAAAUGUGAGCAAUAUAUUGGCACCCACAGCGGAGGCAUGGAUCAAGCUAUUGCCUACUUGGGAAGAGUAGGUUGUGCCCACCACAUCGAGUUCCAUCCCAAGCUCAAGGGCACUCCGGUGACUUUGCCAGCGGGCAAGUGUUUCGUCGUUGCCAACAGUCUGGCGCAAAAGAACAAGGCUGCUUCUUCCGACUACAACGAACGUGUGGUUGAGUGCCGACUAGCCACGCGAUGGUUGGCCAAACACAAGGGUCUGAUCAACUGGCAGGACAUCGUUCGAUUCAUUGAUCUGGAGGAGGCUUGCCAAAUGGAUAACGAGACUUUUGAGAAGCUAAUAAAGGACAACUUGACCAAGUGGAAUUACACGCGGGCGGAUAUUUGCAAAGAGUUGGGAGUCACCGAGCAGGAACUGGAAACCAAGUUCCUCUCAGCCAACACUCGGCACAUGGAGCAGUUCAAGUUGCGUCAACGUGCACUGCAUGUUAUUCAGGAGUCCGGUCGUGUGGCUAAAUUCCGGAAGAUUUGUGAGCAACUGGCAGCCGGACCCAGCAAAGAAGGUGCCAAACAGCUGGGCGAGCUCAUGCGUCAGUCCCAUGAAAGUCUUCGUGAACUGUAUGAAUGCUCCCAUCCAGAUGUGGAGCGCCUUAUUGCCAUAUCCAACGAGCAGAAUGUCAGUGCUCGCGUUACAGGAGCUGGUUGGGGUGGUUGCAUAGUGGCCAUGUGCGAUUCCGUUGAAGCGGCUGACGAGUACAUAAAGGCUUUGAAGCGGGACUACUAUGCCCAUCUGCCAUCACAUCUGCUGGAACGCCAUCAGCCCAACAACUUUAGCGAGGUGGUCUUCGCCACACUUCCAGGAAACGGAGCCGAGUUGUUCAUACAGUGAACGCUUGCCAAUCCAACUUUUAUACCAAAAUCACCUUUCAGUCACUAUAAUCCAACGGUCAUUUAUAAAGAAAAACAUUUAAUAUGUAUGUAUGUACAAUA